AUGCAGAAGCAUAGUAACUGUUCGAUCCUUUUCCUGUUUGGGCGUAGUCCAGCAGCCCAAAAUGUACUCAUCUGCAUCUACUCGUUCCUCAUGUUCCGGUCACUACCUUACGCCGUUGCACAGAGCAGUAGUCAACCGCCACCCGUCGUUCCCUAUGACAUAACUUAUAGCCCUCCGGCGAUCAACAAUUUCAACAUUUCGGUGAACAUCAUCGCACUCCUCUUCGUCUUUAUCGCCUUUUUUUUGUUCUUCAUCACCCUCUGCAUCUACCAGUGUUACCAGACCCGAAACGAUCGAAGCAUUCACCUUCACGGUAAUGGCGUGGAAGGACGAAGGUUACGUAGGGUUCAAAGAGGGCUCGACUCGGCCGUGAUCGAGAAUUUACCAACCUUUGCUUACUCACAUGUGAAGUGCCACAAAUUGGGAAAUGGAGCUCUGGAGUGUGCAGUAUGCUUGAACGAGUUCGAAGACGAAGAUAAGAUUCGAUUGCUUCCAACGUGUGAUCAUGUUUUCCAUGCCGAUUGCAUUGAUGCUUGGUUAUCUAACCGUACAACCUGCCCAGUCUGCCGAGCUAACCUCGUUCCUAAACCGGUACAGGAUAUUCAAAGCGAUUCGGAUGAUUCGGAUGGGGAAAUCCCGAUAUCGGAACCUGUUAAUGCAGAGAACGAGGAAGUUUCCAUUAGUGUAAUAAGCGAAGAACCACAGGUGGUGACAGUGGGAAUGGCACCGGAGGUAAUUAAUCAAACACCAAUGCAGAACCGGCCAGCGAGAUCAACGAAGCCGAGUUAUGGAUGGAGAUUUCCACGGUCGCAUUCGACAGGGCACUCGCUGGUUCAACCGGGAGAAAAUGUUGAGCGGUUCACCCUCCGGGUGCCCGACAACGUGAGGAAGCAAAUCAUGAACAUGAGGCAGCUGAACCGUACUAGGAGCAUGGAGGCGUUACCAGUGCUAGUGAGUCCAAGGAAGGGUUACCGGGCGACCGGUGAAGGCAGUAGCAGCGGAGGGAAAUCGAUGGGAGAGAAACCAGAAAGCCGCGUCUUCUCGAUGACAUUGCCUUUCUUCAUGAAAUCCACUUCUCCACGGUCACCGAAAAUGAUAACAGAAGGGGAUGCUCGGGUGACUUCUCCUCAUCCUAAACCCCUUUGGUCCCCAUUGCGAGUGUGCAGGAAAGCUGACGAAACUGUGGCGUCAUUGACUCGCUCUCCGGUUUGA